UCUGACCUCAGCAGUCAUAGCCAUAGCCAUAGCCAUAGCCAUAAUCAUAGCAGCUCCAGCUCCAGCGCCGGCACCAGCAGCAUCGCAUCGAGCUCCGACCCAUCUAAUAGCUCACCUGCACCUGCACCUGCAACUGCACCUGCACCCAGCCCUCUCCAGUCACCUCGAGAGCUACCCCCGACCCCUACGAUCUCUAUCUCUUUAUCUGAAGCCAAACCCGAAGCUGCGAAGAGACCGAACACCUUCGCAAAGACGGUCAAGAUGGCACCGGUAUGUACUGCGGCUUUGCUUUGUCGAAACGCGCAAGCCCGAGAGAGCCAUGCUGUUGCCUCUGCCCCACUGUUGGCAUGAAGCUGCGAAACAGACACUGUACUGACUGCCCCGAACACCAGAAAGCAAAUGGCGACGCCGAUGCCUUGAACCAUGGCAAGAUUUACUCCAUCUCCGGUCCCGUCGUCGUGGCCGAGGACAUGAUUGGUGUUGCCAUGUACGAGUUGGUCAAAGUUGGACACGAUCAGCUAGUCGGUGAGGUCAUUCGAAUCAGCGGCGACCAAGCCACCGUCCAAGUCUACGAGGAAACAGCCGGUGUCACUGUCGGUGACCCUGUCCAGCGAACUGGAAAGCCUCUGUCCGUCGAGCUCGGCCCCGGCCUGUUGCACAACAUCUACGAUGGUAUCCAGCGUCCCCUCGAGAGCAUUUCCAAGCAGUCUAAGAGUAUCUACAUUCCCCGCGGUGUCGCUGCGCCCGCCCUCGACCGACAGAAGAAGUGGGAGUUCACCCCAACUGCCAAGGUUGGCGACCACAUCGCUGGCGGUGACGUAUGGGGUACCGUUUUCGAAAACUCGUUCAUCAAGGUCCACAAGAUCAUGCUGCCCCCGAGGGCUAAGGGAACCAUCACCAAGAUUGCCAACAAGGGCGAAUACACCGUCGACGAGAAGAUUCUCGAGGUUGAGUUCAACGGCGCCAAGACCGAGUAUGGCAUGAUGCAAACCUGGCCCGUCCGUGUGCCCAGGCCGACCACCGAGAAGCUAUCGGCCGACAAGCCCUUCAUCGUCGGUCAAAGAGUCUUGGAUGCCCUCUUCCCCAGUGUCCAGGGUGGUACCGUCGCCAUCCCCGGUGCUUUCGGUUGUGGCAAGACCGUCAUUUCUCAGUCCGUCUCCAAGUUCUCCAACAGCGAUGUCAUUGUUUACGUAGGAUGUGGUGAGCGAGGUAACGAGAUGGCUGAAGUUUUGAAGGAUUUCCCCGAGCUGUCCAUCGAGGUCGAGGGCCGCAAGGAGCCUAUCAUGAAGCGAACAACCCUCAUUGCCAACACAUCCAACAUGCCCGUCGCUGCCCGAGAGGCUUCUAUCUACACUGGUAUCACAGUGGCCGAGUACUUCAGAGAUCAGGGGAUGAACGUCGCCAUGAUGGCUGACUCUACGUCGCGAUGGGCCGAGGCUCUCCGUGAGAUUUCUGGUCGUCUCGGUGAAAUGCCUGCUGAUCAGGGUUUCCCUGCUUAUCUCGGUGCUAAGCUGGCCAGUUUCUACGAGCGUGCAGGAAAGGUUCAAGCUCUUGGCUCCCCCGAGCGUGAGGGAAGUGUCAGCAUUGUCGGUGCCGUCAGCCCUCCCGGUGGUGAUUUCUCUGAUCCCGUCACAUCUUCGACACUUGGUAUUGUGCAAGUCUUCUGGGGUCUCGACAAGAAGCUAGCCCAGCGAAAGCAUUUCCCUUCGAUCAACACUUCACUGUCGUACAGCAAGUACAACACUGUCCUAGACAAAUGGUAUGAGAAGGACUACCCCGAAUUUCCCAGGCUGCGUGACCGCAUCAAGCAGCUGCUUUCCGACUCGGAAGAAUUGGACCAGGUCGUACAGCUGGUCGGAAAGUCCGCCCUGUCAGACCCCGACAAGAUUACUCUAGACUUGGCCACUCUACUCAAGGAAGACUUCUUGCAGCAGAACGGUUACUCCACCUAUGAUCAGUUCUGCCCUAUCUGGAAGACUGAGUGGAUGAUGAAGCUCAUGAUGGGCUUCCACGACGAGGCACAAAAGGCUAUUGCUCAGGGCCAGAACUGGAACAAGGUCCGUGACGCCACAAGCGACAUCCAAGCCAAGUUGAGGGCAUUGAAGUUCGAGGAGCCUAACGACGGCGAGGAGGCUGUGUGUAAGAAGUACGAGGCGAUUCAACAAGAAUUGCUCGACAAGUUUGCUGCCGUUCUGGACGAGUAAGCCGUUUUGAGGUGCUUGUAUACAAACGUGAGGAAAGGGGCAACAUAGACGAGUCUCGGGAGUAGGAGCUGAACUUGAAAUAGCGGCUUCAAUGGGC